CCACAAUUGACAGGCAUCGUUUUAACAUACUCGGGAACUCAUUCUCUACAAACUAAGCAACAAAAUGUUUGCCAAACUGUUCAUUGUCGCCCUCGCUAUUGUCUGUGCUUCGGCUUUUCCUGUGACGCCCUAUACGCAGCCGGCCGUCUAUCCGUUGGCCUACAGUGCGGGAGUUGUGCCCACCUACAGCUACAACGCCCCGGUGGCAGCGUACUCUACCUUCUCCGGAACUCCAGUUACCUACUCGACAUACUCCAGCUUACCGUCCGUCUACAGCUAUAGCGGUUCGCCAGCAGUGCGAACUUAUUCCUAUUACUAAGGACGUAUCUCGGUAGUCUAGAUCGUUCAUGUCGAAAUGGUAAAGAUACUUGCCUAUGCAUCUGUUUAUUUCUUUUAACAAACAAUCAAACUGUACAAUAAAGUAAUUGCACAUUCAUUCAAA